AUGAAGUUGCUCACUAAGGAAGAAGAAGACGCUCACUAUCGCUCCGUCGUCAAAGGUGGCACCGUCGGUAGUCUCGCCGGUCUGGCCGCCGGCGCGGCGGGCGUCUUGCUCGCCUCGCGACGGUACCACACGAUCCGCAACCUCACCCUUCCCAUGAAAGCGUUCCUGAUGACCUCAUCUGGUACUUUCGUCGGCAUUAUCGCCGCCGAUCACGCCUCCCGGGACUUCGAGAAGCAGCACAAUGCCGAGAAGCUCUGGUACGAGAAUCGCGAGGAACGCCUCCGCGCCGAGGAAACCCGCGGUCUGAGCUUCACUGAUCGCGCCCUCGCCUUCGCCCGCCGCGAGAAGUACAAGAUCGUCAGCGCCACCUGGGUCGCCUCCAUGAUCGGCUCGUUCGUGCUUGUUGGUCGCAACCCUUAUCUGUCGGGCCAACAGAAGAUCGUCCAGGCCCGUGUGUAUGCCCAGGGUCUAACUCUGGCUGUGCUGUGCGCGUCUGCUGCGUUCGAGAUCUCGGACCAGCGCCGUGGCCGCGGCAUGCUCGACUCUACCAAGAUGGGUAAGAAGCAGCAGCUCGAGGAUGCUGCCGAGCCCGCUCCUGUCCACUCUGGUAGCAAGGAUGAGGGUGACCUCUGGAAGGAAAUGGUGGCUGCUGAGGAACAGCGCCUCAAGUCCAAGCACCAGCCCCUUACCUUGAAGCAGGCCGAGGCGAAGAAUCAGGCCACCGAGAAGGAGGAGGAGGACUCCGAGUCUGACUCUGACAGCUCUAAGUCCGAGGAGAAGUCCGAGCCCAAGGAGGCCAAGGAGGAGCCCGAGGCCGAAAAGGCUAAGGGUAAGAAGCAGGCUUAA